CAGGGAGUUUCAUCAGCAUCAAAAUCCUCUUCAAUUUAGGACUUUAUUUGGACUUUAAUUACAUUUUAAUAACUUUUAAUAAAUGAGUCCAGUUAAAGAUGAAUGUUUUUUUUAUUAGAGUUUUUGAUCCAAGUGACAGUCAGAAGUGUUACUAAUAAAAAAGAAAAGAUAAUUUAUUAUUAAUAAUAACAAGUGAAACACUGAAUGAAGCGGAAGCUGAUUGGACAGAAACCUGAGUAUAAAUCACAGGAGCGCUUUUAAUAAUCAUUGGAUUGGAUUGGUUUGUUACGUUUAGUUAUUAUUAUUGGAUGGUUGCCGUGGUGCUGUGGACAGAUAUGAGGGGAAAAUCCCCGGCGCUGCACCCCAGAGAAUGAGACAGACAGACUGAUGGACAGACACCUAACCACAAAAAAUAGAUAGACAGAAUAAUAAUACAAACUGACAGACAGAUUAAAAUAUACUCAGUAUAGAUAGACUGAUAGACAGACAAGCAGAAAAAACACUAGAAGGACUGACAGAGGGAUAGACAGUCUGAUGCCCACAGUCUCUUCUGUCAUUCAACCGGGACGAUGCCUCCUGUUGUUGCUAUGGGCAACCCAUCUCACCAUGGCAACCAACUGGCUUUCUCUGGUGCGUGUGCCACGCUCUCGGCCCGUGUCUGGUUCAGGGGUGUGUGAUCGUCUGCGGGGUCUGUCUGUGGGGCAGGUGGGAGUGUGUAGGGCACGAGCGGAAGUGAUGGAGUCUGUACGCAGAGCGUCUGAGAUGGUCAUCGACGAGUGUCAGCAUCAGUUCCGUAAUCGGAGGUGGAACUGCUCUACUACUCCUCGUGGUGUUAAUAUCUUUGGCCGUGUUAUGUAUCAAGGCACUCGGGAGGCAGCUUUUGUCCACGCCCUCUCCUCUGCAGCUGUCGCCGUUGCAGUGACGCGAGGCUGCAGCCGAGGGGAGCUGGAGAGGUGCGGCUGUGACCGUAAGGUCAGGGGAGUUAGUCCUGAGGGGUUUCAGUGGUCGGGGUGUUCUGAUAAUCUGUCAUACGGUGUUGCGUUCUCUCAGACGUUCGUCGAUGAGCCGGAGCGACUGAAGGGCACGUCAUCGGGCCGACCGCUAAUGAAUAUCCACAAUAAUGAAGCAGGACGGAAGGCUAUCCUCCACAACAUGCAGGUGGAGUGUAAAUGUCAUGGUGUUUCGGGGUCCUGUGAGCUCAGAACCUGCUGGAAGGUGAUGCCUCCUUUCCGUAGAGUUGGCGCUGUACUGAAGGAAAGGUUUGACGGAGCAACAGAGGUGCGUUUGACUCGUAUCGGAUCUCGUGCCGCUCUACUGCCCAAGGACCCUGAUGUGAAGCCGCCUGCUGCCCGAGAUCUUGUCUACUUGGCCACCUCUCCUGAUUUCUGUCGCUUGGACCCUGAGAACGGCAUUCUGGGAACAGCUGGCCGCCGCUGCAAUGGAACAUCACGUUUAGCCCCAGACAGCUGUGAGCUGCUGUGCUGUGGUCCGGGUUUCCGCUCGGGGCGAGCCGAAGUGGUUCAGCGCUGCUCCUGUAAAUUCUCAUGGUGCUGCUCGGUUCAGUGUCAGCAGUGCAGAAACACAGUGCUCAUACACACCUGCAGAGAGUGACACGCACACACACACAAACAAACAGAUGACUAAUAGCAUGAGACAAUGCUUUAAGGCAGAGAUUAACCCUGUAACCCCAGCUGUAGUGUGGAAAAGUGUAAUAAUCAUAGAACAUGCUCGGUGUAACUGAUAAUAAUCUCAUAUUUAUUUCAGACUCAGUACAUAACGCUGCUGCUGUAUUCACCAACACACAUCACUGUACAUAACCUAAUAAACUUAUCACCAUGGUUACAGCAGCGUUUGGCUUGUUCAUCUAAUUCAAACACACACACUUCUUUUUUCUGGUACACACAUGGUCACUGAUGGAGCCAUUAAUUAUACCGUCGCUGUCGGGCGGAAUCCUCGUAUAUCCAAAACCAUUAUUUUUCAGGAAAAAAAAAAAGCCGUAUCUCAUCUGCAAUGCACAGGGUUUAGUCCGCGUUGCAGUUGAUUGUCUUGUGCUAGCGGGGGUCAAGAUUUUUUUUUCUUUGAGCCCAGUGUUUUGAAGACAUUUACCUCAGAAGACUUUUUGUUGAUUCGUUGUGACUCUUCUUGAGGAGAAAUAUGCCGUGAAGCUGUCCCGCGGAGUGAAGAAGAGGUGGACAGUUGAAGUGUCCAAUGGAGUUAAGAGAUUUGUGCUCAAGCUAUUUUCAAGACUUUAGAUUGGUUAAUA